CGGCCCGGCCCGGCCCCCGGCUGCGGCGCCGCCCCAAGCGGGGCCGGCUCGGCCUGGCCCGGCCCGCCGCGCUGCUCCGCGGGGCCGGCGGCCGCCGCCGCCAUGGAGGCGCUGGCGCUGCCCGGGCGGCCGAGGCGGGCGGCGCUGCGCGCGCACGAGCCGCAGCCGGGGGAGCCGGAGCGCAAGCGAGUAUGCAAGCAGUUAGAAACCAUUCCAAGUGAGGCUGAUGUUUGCUUCAUUGAUUGUGCUAUGGAGCUGGAUUCUAAACAGAAAGUCUCCGCUGACUGUGUUCUUCAAGCUGCAAAGACACAUCAAGAUUCAAUGAUUUUUGAAAACCAUGGAAGCAGAGGUACUGCCCAGCCUUGCCCAAGAUGUAUUGCUGGAGAAUCUGGACACUUCAACCAUAUUCUGGGCUUCUAGAAAUUGAGAGAUGGCAAAUCAGCAACACUCUUUGCAUUCUAAGGAUGCACAUGUGAACACUGUACUGCUGGAUAUCUGUACCUCCAUUCUACUACUGGCGUGGAUUUGUGUGUGUUAUUAAGCAUAUAGCAGUUUGCUGUAUGCGUUACUCUUUCAUUGCACUGUUCUGUAUAUCGUUGUUUUUACACUUGAAAAAUACUUCUGCUUUUAAGAUAGCUCAGUAUGUGGGGAAAAAGUGACGCUAAGCUUGGUUUAACUUUUUAGAAUAGUUUAGUUGAUUUGGCUUUUGGCCCAGUCUUUACCUGGGACUGGGCCAAAGGCAGUGUUGAUACAAGACACUUUCCUGUCUCUCUUACGUGCUUUCCCUGAUAGAUCUGGGGAGUGAUCCUUGCGUUUACAUGGAUACAGGGCCUGCAGUUGAACCUGAGCUGUACAUAAGCAGGCAGAAAUGGGAGGACUCUCUUCAGUUUCACAGAGAGACCUGUGCAGCUUUGCACCUGUACAAAGGACAGUUAAAGUCCUAUUGAAGCCUACGCUUUUUGAAAUUAAAAUAUGCAUCCAAUUCAGGUAUCUUAUAUGUUAAACUUUUAUUUUUUUUAACAAACGCAGUGCGUGAAUGUGGCGGGUAAGCAGUUAAUAGAAGAAGCAAGAUUAUUUGAACAACACUCUGUAAUGCAAAUGAACGGUGAUUCAGCUCUAUGCGAUGUUCUCAAAGCUGUUAAAGGUACCAUCUGACAUUCCAUGAAUCUCUCUUUCUCAUCAUUGCGAUACUAGAUCCAAACUGUUUGUUUGAAAGGUCUUGAACUUGUUAGUCAGCAUGAUUUAACUGGCUUGCCUUGCCACGAACCAUUUCAUCUACACUUUGCUAAUAUUUAUGACUAUAUAAUUUUUAAAGAUGUUCAGAUUUUUAGACUUUCUGAGAUAGCUGAGUUGUGGUGUUUGGGUUUGACAUUUCAGUGGAUGCUCUGGGACGGGCAGAAGCAUUCCGAAAGCUCAGAACCAGCAGGCAGUAUGUUACCCCUCUGCGUUAGACGCAAGUUGUUGUGACCUCCCAGAUGUUGCAAAGAAAGCCAUCCCCACUGUCUGGAGAACUGCUGAGCUACAGCUGUGCCCUGCUGCUGCUCAGCGUUCAGGUGCAGUUCAACCCAAAACAGAUAUGGCUGGCGUAACAGCAUUUGGCUUCUCCUGUUUGGAGAGCAGUUAGGAACCAGUUUAAAUUAAAAUGGUAGCUCCAAAGUCACAACAAGCUAGUGACAGGUCUUUAAAGGUAGGGUUUACCGGGCUAUAGAAUGCUUAGAUGAAGCUUUUUUUCGUAGUCCUAGAAUGCUUUCCAUAUUGUGUGUGGAGUUGUAGCCGGCACUGAGUUGGCUGUUAUUAAGAAGAUACUCUUCCUAAAUAAAUUAAUAUCAUAUCAACAUUGAAUUCAAAUAAGUGAUAGAUGAGAAAAUCGGUCUAUAAAGCAGAGCUGCAAUAAAUUGGCAUCCAAACAGUUUUGUUAGGAAAAAAAAAAUUCUUCCAAACCAUUAUAAAUUUUAGUUUAAUUGAAAAUAAAUCAGAGCGUGAAAUAUUUCAAACAUUUCAAAACUUUGUUCAAUCAAAAAAAAAUAAAGUACAAUCCGGUCAAAGACCAAGUCUGUAAGAAACACAAUGGCUUUUAAAAGUUGCAUUGGCACUGUUACCUUGAAGAUACGAAACUCAUCCUGAAUCCUCCCACUCCCAAUACAGAUUGAUAAAUGCAGUAGUAUCUAUCCAAGCUAUAAAGGAACUUAUCCUGGCUUGAAAAGAUGAUAGUGCAAAAGCAAAUUGCCCUAUGUUGAGAUCAGAGUUUAUGAAUUAGUGCGAAGUAAUACAACAAAAUGUAUUCUGAAGAGACUUGUUUACUCCCAAAGUACAUAUUUCUUACUACUAUAACUAUGACAAUGACUAUUAAUAACUAAUAUAAUACUAAUAUAAUUAUGACUGUUUUGUGCACAAAUUGACACAUUGUUUUUACUAUAUUUUCCAAACCUUUUUUUUUUAAAUACAGGUAAUAAUAGGAGCCAAAAAACAGAUAGACAUCAGUUUCUAUAUGUAAGAGCUCAAAUAGCUGGUUGAAGGUAAAAGGCUAAAAAGUAUCUGAAAGGUUAGUUGCUGCAGAAUGACUCAAAACCUGGUAGGUUUCACUGAGUAAAAUGUGUGACAAGUAAUGGUGAGUAGAACAGUAUAUAGUCAAAAAUUAGGAUAGGCAAAGAAGAAAAUAUCAAAAGUAGACUUGGACUCCAUUAUGGAGAAGUUUUCUGCUAGAGCAUAUUAGAGCAAAGCAGCAUGUUAUCAAUUUUAAAACGGGGAUCAUCAAGCAAGGAUGUUGUCUGUUUAAACAAUUCAAAUUUUGUCAUGUUAAGAAUUUACAGAUAGGACCGAUGCAUGUAUUUUUUUCUGUUUGCUUUAAACUUACUGUGUUUUAAUCAGGUAGGGAACAUGGCAAAAAUUAGAAUCAACUGGUUUUCCUUAUGGUCUCUGUAGUUUUUAUAUCAUACUCCUUCUAAUUAUUCUCCUUUUAGAUUAACUGUUAUUUGGUUUUUGUGAAGUCUCAUCUUAUAUAAAUCACAGGAUUGGUCAUAGUUCUUGGCUGCGUUACAGAAGGCUGAUGAAGUCAUACUAGUGUUCGAUUUUGAUGUAAUUUUUAAUAUCAGUCUUCUCAUUGUUACUGUACACUGUGCAGAUAUUUUAUUACACUGUCCACAGUGACUCAAAACUGUUCUUGGAGAUUCCUGCACCUAUACAGCUCAACAAAAUAGAGCUUUAUACUACUUUUACUCUGUAAUCUGCAACAUGAACAUGGGCCUGUUCUUUACAUUGUUGCAAAUGUAAUGGUUUCAAAUCUAACUGAUUAGUAGUUGUUAUUCACAAGUACAUUUUGAACAUCUAAAUGCUAUACUAUAGAAUGUAAAUGUGAGUAAAAUUGUCACAAGUAAUUUUUUUUUUUUACUAUAACAUUUUCUAUUCUCCAGGAACACCAUAUAGGAUAGAAAUAGGGUCAAUUCUAUAAUAAUGUUUAAUUAAAAAAAUAACUAUUCACCUAACAAUCUGUCUUGAGAAUGAACGCGAGAAAGGGCUGUAGAAAUAGAUUAAGAAGUGGAAAGUUAACUUCCCCUCAUUUUCAGCCUAUCCCAAUUACCGUUGUCAUGUAGUUACACUGAGUGUAAAUAAAAUGCAUUAGUACAGGAAAGGAAUGAAAAAUACUUGGCAGUUACCAUCUCUGCUGCAUCGUUACACAGCUUGCAAUGAAAGAGUGAUUACACAAAAACAGCUUUUGAUACAGAAGUAUGAUGCCUCUCUUCCUUAGCAAAGAUUUAGAAGGAUACCUGUCUAUAUCUUUCUAUUGCUCCAGAUUUUAUGAGUGUUUUAACUUCUGCAUCCCUAACUUCUCAAUUUCCAGGAUAAUUUUCCCCAGUUAUUUAACUGCAAAAGUACCAGACUGGGCCAACUGAGAUCACCUUGUUCAACAUCCUGUAAGCUCUAGUGACUAAUAGUGAACACAUGGAGAGAGUCAUCUUAGACUAGAGGGGACAUGUUGAGUGGAAACAUUCUAAAUGUACACUAAAUCAGUAUUUUACACCAGGUUUGUUGUGGGCAUUGCUUCAUUUCUUGCCUGUUAGCCUUGAACAUCAGCUAUUACAAAGACACUGAAAAUGUCGAUAGUUUCCAAUGGCAUUUUUGUCUUCGCAGUUGAUAGUUGAUAAAAAUGCAUUGGCCCUCAGGAGACUGUUAAACUUGACUUUUCCAUUUUUAUUAAGCACUGGUGUCUUUACUAUGUAAGAAAUAAUUCCUGUACUACUAGAAUUCAAGUGUGUGUGUGUGUAUACUUAUAUUCAUUUAAUUCACCUGAUAUAAGUAUACUCUGUCUAGCAUUUGUUAAAAAUAGCUCCUUUCUAUUUUUUUCUUGAGUUGGCUUACAUUAAAAAAAAAAGAAAAAAAGAAAAAGAAAAAUUAAGAAGCCUGUGAGAACUGCAAUUUAAGGUAGGAGGGAGAGGAAGGGUAAUUUUUAUUGAGUGUUCUGAACUACUGCUCAUUACAUGAGGCCAGAAGUCCUAACAAAAACUUGGCCAGACUUUACUUACUUUUCUGGGAAUGCUACUGCUGAUAAAAUACUCUGUAUAGAUGUAAAUUUGAUUAUAUUCUAUGUAAAGUUUCUAAAUGUGAAGUAACUGGUGGUGUUCACUUCAUGAAUCUAAAUCCAUGUGCCAGCUCUUCAUUUCUUUAUGGGGCAAAGCAGCAUCUGCUGUGUAUCAUUGCUUUUGCUUUCUUUGGUCCUGGUCAAAUGGAUGCUAGUCUAUUCAUUCUGAAGUGUUAACUGACAUUUUUGGCCAGUUCUUUUUAGAAACAUCAUCAUUAUCCCUGAUUUUUCACAAACGAGUUCAUACAUUUCUAGAUAAACUUUAAAGUGAGUCUUUGGGCUAGAAAGUAUUUGGGUGUUUUUUUCCCUAGUGUAGUAAGGAGUGCAUUUAUAAAUCGGCCAGUGUGAAAAUAAAUUGUACUUGAAAUAGUUUAAUAUAUUGAAGACUUAUAAUAGUGGUAUUUUUUAAAAUAGGUAUACUGUAUUUGUCAUUUGUUUCAAGGUUUGUUGUUAGUCAGAAUCAUAAAGCUCUUGUAAUAGGUACAGAUGAAUGCAGUACAGGUUUGGUCCGGUAAAUAUUUCUUCAAAGCAGAUUUGCGUCAGAUCUGCAGUAGUACCACAAAAUUAUUUUUGUAAGACUUCACCUUGUAAUAACUAUGGAAUUUUUCUUUAUUAAUAAAUUUUAUAUGCUCCUUAUAUUAAUACUAUGCUUUGUACACACGGUAACUUGAGUGAUACUUUAUUUACAUGUGUAUAGUAAAUUAGACAUACAGCCUGUUUUUAAAUCAAGUAAAAAUGAUACAAUCUAGUAUUUUUAACUUUGUAUUUUGUAAAUUGUUACUCUCAAAAGCAGAAUCAUUAAACAGCACUUUGGCUACAGUAUGAAA